AUGCUCUUCCACAAACUCAACUUCCUCGUCUCUCAAGCAAACAUUGUGGCCGCACUCUCUCGCCUUACCUUGCAGAAGCACAAAUCCCUACCACCAUCCAGUCGCGAUUCUAACCUCCGUCGUGUUCGCCUCGUCUCGUUACUCAUAGAUCCGUUCUCAGAUCUUGUUCAUCUUCGCUCCGACGAUCUCCAACACCGUCUCAUCUCCGCUUUCGGCCACCACAUAAGUCCCUCCUUCCAUCUCCGUUCCAGCUCAAGUCAAAUGAUGCUUGUUCAAAACUCCUCGACCUCACCUUUGCUCAGUAUCACCGUCUCAACAAUCACCAUUGCUUCUUCGUCCACUCGCGAUUUCGCGCUUCAGUCACGUAUCAACUUCGUUCUGCUUCAACUUGUUGUCUACUCAAUCUUCCACUCAAUGUCAUGGAGUUCAAGGGUGACACAUAAUUUUAAAAAUGCAACACGGAUUUAG